CGUGGCUAGCAUACCACCGUUGUAUGCUUGUGAACUUGUCGCAGCAGGCGAAAGAAGAAACCGUCAAAGAAAGAAGAUGGCGAGAGGCGGCCGCAGUUUACGGAGGGUAGCGGAGUACCUGAAGCAGUUACCGAGCACAGCGAGCCGGGAAAUCCAGACCAGGAACAAUGUCAGAUACCUGUCCUCGUGCGGGAUCCUGAUGAUGCGCGUGCCGCCGCUGCUGGGGGCCGCCAUGCCGGCCCGGGCCUCCGUCCUGCCGGCGCGCAGCUUCUUCAACCUCACCGACUCCUUUUCCAAGAGGAAGGAGUACUCAGAGAGACGCAUCAUCGGGUACUCCAUGCAGGAGAUCUACGACGUGGUGGCCGAGGUGGAAAACUACCGCCACUUCGUUCCCUGGUGUAAGAAGUCCGACGUGGUGUUCCGGCGCUCCGGCUUCUGCAAGGCCAAGCUGACGGUGGGCUUCCCCCCCGUGGUGGAGAACUACACUUCCCUCAUCACGACAGUACGACCUCACCUGGUCAAGGCGUCCUGUUCAGACGGGAAGCUCUUCAACCACCUGGAGACGGUUUGGCGCUUCAGCCCGGGCCUCCCCGGCUACCCUCGCACCUGCACCGUGGACUUUGCUAUCUCCUUCGAGUUCCGCUCCCUCCUCCACUCGCAGCUCGCCAACGUCUUCUUCGACGAGGUGGUGAAGCAGAUGGUGUCGGCGUUCGAGCGCCGGGCCUCCACCAUCCACGGCGCCGAGACGCCCAUCCCUCGUGAGCUGAUGUUCCACGAGGUCCACCACACGUAGCGCCAGCCGCGCCCGGCUCCACAAACGCAGUCCCCACAAGCAGACGCCAUGCCAAAGAGACAGAGGCCAGUCCCUGCGCUCCGAGUGAAAACUGCAGUGCCUUUCCUACAACAGUGAGCCCAAUCGUCCCGUCUCAGUGUUUCCAGCCCACCUGCAUCCGCCG